AUGCAAAACAACGAAAUCAUAAAACCUGCCAAAUACUUCUCAGAAUUGGAAAAGAGCAUCCUGCUGGCGUUAGUAGAAAAGUACAAGUAUGUGCUGGAAUGUAAGAAAAGCGAUGCGCGAACUAUUGCCCUCAAGCAGCGCACCUGGCAGGCGCUUGCCCACGAGUACAACUCCCAGCCCAGCGUGUCGCUGCGGGAUUUCAAACAGCUGAAGAAGUGCUGGGAGAACAUCAAGGCUCGGACCAAAAAGAUUAUGGCCCACGAGAGGAGAGAGAAAGUGAACCGCAGCGUCAGCCCGCUUCUGAGCACCCACGUCCUGGGGAAGGAGAAGAUUGCCAGCAUGCUGCCGGAGCAACUGUACUUCCUGCAGAGCCCUCCCGAGGAGGAGCCCGCGUACCACGCUGAGGCCGCUGCCCAAGAAUCAUUUGCUGUUUCAAAUAGAGAACUGUGCGAUGAUGAGAAAGAGUUCAUACAUUUUCCAGUAUGUGAGGGGACCUCUCAACCUGAACCCUCGUGUUCAGCUGUCAGAAUAACAGCCAAUAAAAACUACAGGAGCAAAACCUCUCAGGAAGGUGCUUUAAAAAAGAUGCAUGAGGAAGAACACCAUCAACAAAUGUCCAUCUUACAACUGCAGCUGAUACAAAUGAAUGAGGUGCAUGUGGCCAAAAUCCAGCAGAUAGAGCGAGAGUGUGAGAUGGCAGAGGAGGAACACAGGAUAAAAAUGGAAGUUUUCAAUAAAAAGAAGAUGUAUUGGGAAAGAAAACUGCAAACUUUUACCAAGGAGUGGCCCGUUUCCUCAUUUAACCGGCCCUUUCCCAAUUCACCCUAA